AUGAAAAUGGAGAAACCAAGCCAAGCAGCCCCCAAACCGGUGGAGGGAGCAGAGAGUGUGAGGAAGCCCCACCAGAGGGGCUGCAUCCGGGAAUUCCUGCAAAAGAUGCCGUCCCAGCACCAAGUGAAAGAGGAAGGAGGGGAAGGGCUCCUUCAGCGCUGGGAGGUCCAGUGGCAGGAGUUCCUGAAGGAAGUGGAGUCCCCUCACGUGGGUUGGGGGGUCCCGCAGCCGCCAGAGGAGCCCACCCCCUGGGACGACACCAAGGCCUUCUUCGCCUCCUUUGAGCAAGUGGCCGAAGCCUGCCGGUGGCCCCGGGAGGAGUGGGCAGCUCGCCUCUCGCCGGCCCUCAGCGGAGAAGCCGAGCGGGCCUUCCGCAGGCUGGAGGGCCGGGACAGAGAGGAUUAUGGGAAAGUGAAGGCGGCCAUUUUGCGCGGGGACGCCAUCAGCAGGGAGAAGAACCGCCAGUACUUCCGGCGCUUCUGCUACCGGGAAGCCGAGGGGCCGCGAGGGGCCUACAGCCGCCUCCAGGAGCUCUGCCGGCGGUGGCUGAAGGUGGAGAGGCACUCCAAGGAGCAGAUCCUGGAGCUUCUGAUCCUGGAGCAGUUCCUGACCAUCCUGCCUCCAGAGAUCCAGAGCUGGGUCAGGGAACGGGGGCCAGAGACCUGCUUCCAGGCAGUGGCCCUGGCUGAGGACUUCCUGCUGAGGCAGCAGGAGGCAGAGCAGCCAAAACCUCAGGUGAGCUCCUUGUGUUCUUUGCUUUCCCCAAGUUGGGAACAGAUGAGCAGCCAGUAACCUGGGGAAGGGGGGCAGGUUUUUAAUUUUUUUAUUAUUCAUUAAAUUUCUAUACCACCCUUCAUCCAAGGAUCACAGGGCUGUUUAUAUUAUAAUAAUAAAAAAUACAUAACAUAAUAACAAGCAAACAUAAUAACAAGCAAAACAAUUUUAAAAAACCCGUAGGGUAAAAGGCCGUUGAUUGUUUAAUUAGCCAAAUGCCUGGGGCUGUAAAGGCUGCAGAUAAAGUGAAUCAGAUGGGCGGGAAAUUUUGUAAUUGGUGUUUCAUUUGGAUACUUGUCAUUGACCAUAAUAAAAUGACUUGACUUGAUUCGGUUGGCCGUUAGGUAGCUGACACAUUUCCAAGCGCUUUCCAACUAAAACACAGCCAUCCAUCAAAAUGGUCGAUUCUCCAAAUGUUACAGUGCAUUUCUACAGCCAAGUAACAGGUACAAAAAUUGUGCUGACUCUUACUGUUUAUUAUCAUUAUCAUUUAUUUGUUAAAUAUAUCACCCCUUAUCUGUAGAUCUCAGAGGGGUUCACAGCAUAAAAAUACAGUGGUAACUCGGGUUACAUAUGCUUCAGGUUACAUACGCUUCAGAUUACAGACUCCGCUAACCCAGAAAUAGCACCUCGGGUUAAGAACUUUGCUUCAGGAUGAGAACAGAAAUCGGGCUCUGGUGGCACAGCAGCAGCAGGAGGCCCCAUUAGCUAAAGUGGUGCUUCAGAUUAAGAACACUUUCAGGUUAAGAACGGACCUCCGGAACGAAUUAAGUACUUAACCUGAGGUACCACUGUACAUUCUAAAAACACAAAAUACAUAAUAAAAACACAAACAAGACCAAAACAAACCAAGAAUCCUCGCUCUCCCCCUCCCAAAAACAUAGGAUUAUAGGAUGUUAAUCAGCCAAAGCCCUGGUGGAAGAGGAACGUUAUACGCCUAAAGCUGUAUAAUGAAGGUGCCUCCCUAGAGAGAUCAUUCCACCAAUCAUCAUCUUGAUCAAAACCCAAUAUAUAGAUAUAUUUAAAAUAAGAAGAACCAGUGAACCUAUGUAAAAAUGCGGAGAAAGGAACUUGAAAGACUGAGAAGGUGAGAAUAAUAAAGGACAGCAUCUCCCAUCCAUAAUUGCAAACCUUUCCUCUGUUGCUCGUGUAAUCCCUUGCUGAAAAGCUGAUGGGCUGGAGGGGAAUUCAAAGGGCCAGAGGAAGUCUGGCAGAGGGCCGCAUGCAACUUGCAGGUCGGGGGGUUCCCCCUCCCACCUGUGCCCUAAGUCCUGUCCUUAGAGAAUCUCCUCUGCUAUUUCAGGUAAGCGUGCCGUUUGAGGAGGUGGUCCUGAGCUUCUGCGAGCCGGAACUGGUUCCUUCUGACCCCGUCCACCGGCAGAUGCGCCGGGAGACCAAGCAGGAAGCUGACCACGGAGAGGCCCUCUUGACAGGUGAGGAUGGCAAAGGUGUGUCUUAAGGCGCUUGGAAUAGGUUGGAAGGUUCAGGACCGCCGAAAGGAUGUCCUUCUUCACUUAAGCUCAUAGUUAAGCUGCCUCGUUCCCACUAGGCAGUGUUGGCCCCCAAACCUGGGUGCCUUUGAAAGAGGAUUAGACAAAUUCAUGGGUGGACAAGGGGAUCACAUCCCCUUUAGUCAAUAGAUUGACAAUAUGACAACGAAAGGUUAUUUAUGUAAGGUGAAAGGUAAAAGGACUGGACGGUUAAGUCCAGUCAAUGGUGACUAUGGGUUUGCGGCGCUCAUCUCGCUUUCAGGCCAAGGGAGCUGGUGUUUGUCCACAGACAGCUUUCCGGGUCAUGUGGCCAGCAGGACUAAACCGCUUCUGGCGUAACGGGACACUGAAGGAAGCUAGAGUGCACGGAAACGCCGUUUACCUUCCUGCCGGAGCGGUACCUAUGUAUCUACUUACACUGGUGUGCUUUCGAACUGCUAGGUUGGCAGGAGCUGGGACAGAGCAACGGGAGCUCACCCCAUCACGGGCUUUCAAACCACCUACCUUACUGCAGCCCGUGUUUUGUUAGUCCAAAAAUGGAAAACGAGCGAGGUCCUGACUAAAGAAGAAUGGCAAUUUAAGCUGAUGCAAUAUGCGCAACUUGCAGACUUAACAUAUAGAAUAAGAGAACAAGAAGAACAUACGUUUAGAAAAGAUUGGAAAAUGUUUAUUGAAUAUAUGGGGGGAAAUUAUGUACACUUGAAAACGUUAGCAGCAUUAAGAUAAAUUCAACAAUGCAAAUAAGCUUUGAUGGAUGGAAUAAUGGAAUACUGAAUGGUUUAGUUUAUGUAAAAUAUGCAGGGAUUUAUGAUAUGCAAAAUGAACCAUAACAUUUUCCAAUCUGCUUUAAACGUAUGUUCUUCUUGUUCUGUUAUUCUAUAUGUUAAAUCCGCAAGCUGCGUAUAUCCCAUCAGUUUAAGUUGCCAUUCUUCUUUGGUUGGGACCUCGCUCAUUUUCCAUUUUUGGGCUAACAAAACACGGGCCGCAGUUGUUGCAUACAUAAAUAACCGUUUUUUGAAACCUGGGAAUUUCCGUCUGAAUGAUCCCCAACAAAAAAAAAACACUGGUUGUUGUUGUUUUUAAGUACUUUUAAACAUUUUUUUCAGUUCAUUCUACAAUUAUUUCUCAGUACUCUUUUACCCUUUUACAAGUCCACCACAUAUGAAAAAACGUACCCUCAACCUCUUUGCAUCUCCAGCACUUAUCUGAAAUUUUAUUUUCCCGUUCAGGAGCUAAAGGGUGGACGAACCUCAACGAAGCGGAGCGGUACAGCCCUGAAGAUCGUGAGCAUCUGUCACCACGUGGGACGUCGGUUUGGGGAGCAGGAGAGGACGUUUCCUGUUUCCGUGAGCAGGGAAACGCUCAGGGUGGGCACCAGGAAGCGGACUUGGGGCGAGAAGUCGGUGUGUCUGUCCCGUUUGGGGGCACAUUCCAGGAUCUGAAGGAGGAUGCACACCAGCGGAGGAGUCACACUGGUAAGAGACCAAGCGUCUGCACCGCGUAUAGGAAGAGGUUCGGCCAGAGCGCGAACCUCCUUAAGCACGAGAACAUCCUCUCGGGAGAAAAGGCAUUCAAGUGCUCCGACUGCGGGAAGCGGUUUGGCCAGAAGUUCCACCUUCUCGGGCACCGCAAGAGAUGUGAGAGCGAGAGGCCUCACAAGUGCCCCACCUGCGGGAAAAGGUUCUCUCGCAGCUCCUACCUUAACACUCACCAGAGAAUCCACACGGGGGAAAGACCCUACGAGUGUUCGCGGUGCGGGAAAAGCUUUAGCCAGAAAGCUAACCUUAACACGCACCGCAGGAUUCAUACGGGGGAAAAGCCCCAUGAGUGCCCGGUGUGCGGGAAAAGGUUCUCUCGCAAUACUUGCCUUAAUAGACAUCAGAGAAUCCACACUGCGCGCUAAGCUAUAAAGAUGGCAUGGACUGCAGGGGGGGUUAUUUUUCCAUGGCAGCGGGGUGAGAUGCAGGAGAUCAGUACUGCCAAUGAGUGAUUGAGUGGAUUGCUCACCCGGGCUAAACUUCAGUCGCAAAAAUGUCCUGUGUUUAGACAUUGUGUAAUGCAGGAGCAUUCAGUUGCUAACACAAUAAAGAAUGUUCUCCAUUCCUUCCACGGCUAUUUUGAUUUUUGAUUUAUUUAUUUUUGGAGCAAUUGUCUGCAGGCACACAACCAAAAAACAAUCAAGGGGCCAGAGCAACUCUCCGCGAAGGAAAGGUUGCACCCUUUAGGGCUUUUUAGCGUAGAAGAAUAAAAAGUGAGGAACAUGAUGAUAGAGGGGUAUAAUAUUAUGCAGGUUUUGGAGAAAGAGGUUUUUCACCCUCUCUUAUAAAAUAAUAAUAAUUUAUUAUUUGUACCCCACCCAUCUGGCUGGGUUUCCCAGCCACUCUGGGCGGCUUCCAACCGAAUAUUAAAAACAGUACAGCACCAGGCAUUAAAAACUUCCCUAAACAGGGCCGCCUUCAGUUGUAGGUAAAAGAUUGCCUUGACAUCUGCUGGGAGGGCGUUCCACAGGGCAGGCGCCACUACCAAGAAGGCCCUCUGCCUGGUUCCCUGUAACCUCACUUCUCACAGCCAGAAGGCCCUCGGAGCUGGACCUCAGUGUCCAGGCAGAACGAUGGGGGUGGAGACGCUCCUUCAGGUAUACUGGGCCGAGGCCGUUUAGGCCUUUAAAGGUCAACACCAACACUUUGAAUUGUGCCCGGAAACGUACUGGGAGCCAAUGAAGAUCUUUCAGGACCGGUGUUAUAUGGUCCCGGCGGCCACUCCCAGUCACCAGUCUAGCUGCCGCAUUCUGGAUUAAUUGCAGUUUCCGAGUCACCUUCAAAGGUGACUAGAACUUGUGGACACCCAAUGAAGCCAAAUGUCAGAAGAGUCAGGACAGGCAAUAUAAGGUAGUUUUUCACGCAGUGCGCACAGUUAAACUACAGAACUCCCUCCCACAGAGGCAAUGAGGGCCACCAGCUUAGCUGGCUUUGUGAAGAACGUGGACAGAGGGAAGUUCUUUCCUGCCCAUAACACUAACGUCCAGCGAAGCUGAAGGGUGGGAGAUCCAGGAAAGACAAAAGGCAGGACAUAUUCAUCUGACAUACACAAGACAUGGCAGCAUCUGCUUUUGCAAAGGGAGCUGGAGAAAUCAGUGGAGGUUAAGGCUAUCAGUGCCUUCUUUGGCGAUCCCUCAUAAUCGAGUAGAAGGGACGCGGGUGGCGCUGUGGGUUAAACCACAGAGUCUAGGAGUUGCCGAGCAGAAGGUCGACAGUUCGAAUCCCCAUGAUGGGGUGAGCUCCCGUUGCUCGGUCCCUGCUCCUGCCAACCUAGCAGUUUGAAAGCACGUCAAAGUGCAAGUAGAUAAAUAGGUACCGCUCUGGCGGGAAGGUAAAACGGCGUUUCCAUGCGCUGCUCUGGUUCGCCAGAAGCGGCUUAGUCAUGCUGGCCACAUGCCCCAGAAGCUGUACGCCAGCUCCCUCGGCCAGUAAAGCGAGAUGAGCGCCACAACCCCAGAGUCGAUCACAAUUGGACCUAAUGGUCAGGGGUCCCUUUACCUUUUACCAUAAUCGAGUAAUAUUGUCUCCCAAGAACAUGGUUUUAACAGUGAGUCUGUAAGUGACUGUGGAGGCCCAUUCUGGAUCCACACAUCCUUCCACAGUGGGGACAUACGUUUCCAGGCGGUAGUUGAUCAUGGUGAGGGUUUGCCAAGCGUGCCUUCCUCUUAGCAUGUUUUUCCCUUCAUCCUGAGUUCAAGCAUCUUCAAAGCCCAUGACACUUUUGGUAAAGGCUGUUCUCCAACUGGAGCGCUCGCAGGCCAGUGUUUCCCAAUUGUCAGUGUUUAUACUACAUUUUUUAAAGAUUUGCCUUGAGAAAGUCUUUAAACCACUUUUGUUGACCACCAGCAUUACACUUUCCAUUUUUAAGUGCGGAAUAGAGCAGUUGCUUUGGAAGACAACAAUCAGGCAACAUGACCGGUCCAACGAAGAACCAUUGCUUCGACACUGGUGACUGGCUACUAACUGCAAUGGCUUGUGUUCUCCCUUCAUGCCAGAAGCUGUAUAUGCCUCUGAAUGCCAGUCGCUGGGAAUCACAAAUGGGGAGAGUCGUGCUGGUGCGUUCAGGUCUUGUAAUGGUGGGGCAUUUGGUUGAGCACACUGAGAACAGGGUGCUGGACCAGGUGAGCCCACUGUUCUGGUCCAGGCCUGUUGUAUUCAGGUCUUGCUUCCAAACUGAGUGGCCCCUGAAUGUGGGAAACCCGAUGGGUCUUUAGCAAGAUCCAGCAGGCCAGCAGGAGGCAUUGAAAGAGAACUUCUGGGAUCAAGAUGGAUCUUAUAGAAUCAUAGAAUUGCAAUUGCAUGAAUGCUCGUUCUCUGAAAAGUGGCUUUCACCAGUGACUUGCCCGUGUCCAAAAAAGGAAGGAUGAACCUAUUUCGUUUGGGACAUCUAGAAGCUCCAUUAGGCCUACUACAGCUCAUUAAUACUGAUCUAUAUUCUAGACAUCCUUUGUAAGUCACCUAGCUUGUACAGUACCUAGUGCAAGGCUGGACACUUGAUAACAGCCUUUGGCACCCUGGCACCCUCCAGCUGUUUCUUUUUAAAUGGCAAUGGUCCCUAUUUUAUUAUUUUUUAUUUAAAAAAUUAGAUUUCACGGGAAAAAGGGAAAAAUCUCACAUAUACUCUUCAAUACAUAAUUUUGUUUUUUUGUUUUGUUUUUCCAACUUCCCAUCCCGUUUUCCAUGGUUGGUUUUAUUUUCUCACCCUUUCCUGCACCCUUUAAUCUAUCUCUUAUAUCAUAACAAUAUUAUAGUAUCCUUUCAUUCAUCUUUCAUUCCCCUUGUAGGUAUAUUCCUUUAUCCAAUAUUCUGUAAAGGUGUUCUUACAAACUACAGUCGUACCUUGGUUUUCGAACAGCCGGAAGUGAUUGUUCUGGUUUCCGAACGUCCUUUUGGAAGCUGAACGUCCGGCGCAGCUUCCAAUUGACUGCAGGAGCUUCCUGCAGCCAAUCAGAAGCUGCGCUUUGAUUUUCGAACGCUUUGGAAGUUGAACAGACUUCCGGAAUGGAUUCUGUUCAGCUUCUAAGGUACAACUGUACAAUCAUAUCCACAACAUAAUUAAAAACGUUAAAUAGCAACCAGUUUUUAUAGUGACCAGGGACUGUAUACAUAUAUUUACCUUGAGAAAAAACUCUUGGCCCAAAAAGGUAAAUUUAAAGCAGCCGCUUGAAAGGAUUUUCAAAGGAUUAAAAGUGUAGUGACUUGUUCAAAAUGUCAAUGUCUGGUAAAAAUGUAGUAUAGCGAGUCCUAAUUCUUUCUGCUGAUCAUGCCUCAGAUCCUGCUCACGAAUUCAUCAUUCUAUAAUAUUUCUUUAAAUAGUCCAAAAAAGGCUACCAUUCUUCCACAAAGCUGUCAUCAUUAGGUUCUCUUAUUUCAGCUGUUAACUUUUCCAUUUCUGCAUAGUUCAUCACCUUACUUAUCCAUUCUUCUUCUUUCCAUUUUUGAGCACAUAAAAUCCUUGCUGCUGUCGUAGCAUACACAAUCAUCUUUUUGGGGGAUUUUCGUCCCUAUAUUCCCUAAAAGGAAAGCUUCAGGGUUUGGGGGGGUGGGCUCUAGCUGUUUUGAAUUAGAACUCCUAUCACUCCUAUCACAUGAGAAGAGAAGACUCCCUGGAAAAGACCCUGAUGUUGGCAAAGAUGGAGGGCACAAGGAGAAGGGGACGACAGAGGACGAGAUGGUUGGACAGUGUUCUCUAAGCUACCAGCAUGAGUCUGACCAAACUGCGGGAGGCAGUGGAAGACAGGAGUGCCUGGCGUGCUCUGGUCCAUGGGGUCACGAAGAGUCGGACAUGACUAAACGACUAAACAACAACAACAAUCACUCUGACAGGAGUUGUCGUUCAAAACCUGGUUGCCCAAGACUGCAAUACAGUACAGUGGUGCCCCGCAAGACGAAUGCCUCGCAAGACGGAAAACCCGCUAGACGAAAGGGUUUUCCGUUUUUGAGUUGCUUCGCAGGACGAAUUUCCCUAUGGGCUUGCUUCGCAAGACGAAAAUGUCUUGCAAGUCUUGAGAUUUUUCUUCGCUUUUCCCCCCUUUAUCUAAUCUGCUAAGCCUUUAAUAGCCUUUAAUAGCCUUUUAGCAGCUAAUCCGCUAAGCCUUUAAGCCUUUAAUAGCCGCUAAACCGCUAAUAGCGCUAAUCCGUUAAGCCGCUAAUAGGGUUGCUUCGCAAGACGAAAAAACCGCUAGACGAAGACUCUCGCGGAACGGAUUAAUUUCGUCUUGCGAGGCACCACUGUACAGUGGACGCUCAGGUUGCGAACAUGAUCUGUGCGGGAAGCACAUUCGCAACCUGCAGCGUCCGCAACCCGCAGCGCUGCAUCUGCGCAUGCACGGGUCACGAUUCGGCGCUUCUGCGCAAAGCAUGAUUUAGCGCUUCUGUGCAUGCGCAAGCACCGAAACCUUUAAGUAACCCGUUCUGGUACUUGCAGGUUCGGCACGGUGAGAAACCCGAAAUCGCACAACCUGAAGUGUCUGUAACCCGAGUUAUGACUGUAUAUCAAACAGGACACACAUUCUUAAUGGAGAAUGUUAAAUUUUCUUGAAGGGCGAGUUGGGGUUGUCAUCUAAAGCUAAGGCUUUGAUGGUAGGCUGAUCUAUGAAGCCCCCACUUUUAAAACCAACAACACGGCAAGCAGCACGAUGGUAGUAAUUUUAGGGUCUCACACCGAUGGUGCCCCCCUAGACUCCAUAGCCCACAACACCUCCUUGCAGAAUAAAAGUGAAAUGAAGUGAAACCCACCCAGAUGGAAAAGCUUGUCGUAACAAAUAUGGCUUCCGACUGUUUCCGGAAAGUACCGCCAAGUGGGUGAUCUGUCGUAUCUCAGCAGAGAAUGGCAGCCCUGCUUUUGAGUUACGGUGGAGAAGGCUUCUGAGAUCCCUGGACCCUACAGGCCUCAGGCCUACUGGGUAGAUAAGGGAUCAAAGCAGAUUCUCGAGUAACCCAGUCCUGAGCUGUGUAGGACAGAGAUGGGGAAACCUUCCCCCGUUGCUUUCAGGAGGGUCUCCUCCAAUCUGGAUCCAACUUGUUGAUGUGUCUGUAUGUAUUUAUUGUUCUUGUAUCUCACCUCCCUUCCUUGCAAGGAGCUCAAGGUGGCGUACGUGGUUCUCUCCCUCUUCUUUUACUCCUCACAACAACCAUGUGAGGUAGUUUAGGCUGAGAGGAAGUGGCGCCCAAGGUCAUCCAGUGAGCUUCGUCGAUUUGAACCCAGCUCCGGAAGGUCCGAGUCUGGCACUUUGCAGCACUAACACAACAUUGGCUCCUGUUAUAACUUAGAAAAGACCAAAGGGUUACUGAUUUCUGAUUUUCCCGGUCAAUUUCGCCUUUUCAGUGUAGUCCAACAUCGUCAUCAGCCAUUUGUCUCUGGUCAGGACUUUGUCAGAAAGCAGGAAGAGAAUAACUUUAAGAAGGAAUGGGAAAAAUUUACAACAAACUUAAGAGAACAUUGUAAACAACUAAAGACUUUGGCAGGAUUUUAGUAAUGCUUGUAAAGUACGAAAAACUAUGGUAUACAGUGGUACCUCGGGUUAAGAACUUAAUUUGUUCUGGAGGUCCGUUCUUAACCUGAAACUGUUCUUAACCUGAGCUACCACUUUAGCUAAUGGGGCCUCCCAUUGCCGCCACGCGAUUUCUGUUCUCAUCCUGAAGCAAGGUUCUUAACUCAAGGUACUGUUUCUUGGUUAGCGGAGUCUGUAACCUGAAUCGUCUGUAACCAGAGGUACCACUGUAAAUGGAUUCUUUUUUAAAAAAUAGAGAAAUUACGGGAAGCAGUUGAAAAUAAAAAGAUUGAAAAUGGUAACCACCGAAGGGCGGAGGGAAGUCGAAGCAUUCAGAGAAUCCUAAAUGAGGAUGUUUAAUGUUUGAAUUUAAAUUUGUAAUGUAAAAUUCAAUAAAAAUGAUUUAAAAGAAAAAGAAAAGACCAAAGGGCUCCCUCUGGAUCCUUUUCUUUCUUUCUCUUUGUUCCACUAGGUGUUUGGCAAGCAAGUGGGAAUGGGGAGAGGCCCAGUCAGCAGGAAACCUCUGACCGGCUAGAUCAACCAUAUGGGAUGUCUCCAGGAGGUGUGACAGAAGAGGACCUCUGUGAGGACCAUGCCUCUGGGGAUCCUUGUAGGCCGCAGAGGCAGUCCGGGAGCAAACCCGUUCCUUGCAGAAUAGGCAAGAAGAUAUUUGCCGGAACCUUGCCAGAGCAUAAGCCCAAGAGCUGCGUCGUGAUCAGCAAGGCACUGAAAAACUCGGGCCUCUACAAGCAGGAGAAGAACGUCGACGGGGCCAUGAUGUACCAGUGCACCGAGUGCGGCGAGAGGUUCACUCACAAGAAGCACAUGAUCGGCCACCGCAGAGUCCACAAAGGGAACACGCUGUACGACUGCUCCGCGUGCGAGAAGAGCUUCGUCUGGAUGUCGGACCUCACCCGACAUCAGAGAAUCCACACCGGGGAAAAGCCGUACGCCUGCUCUCUCUGCGGGAAGAAGUACGGCUCCCGCUCGGGCCUCAUUCAGCACGGCCACGGCCACGCCGGCGAGAAGCCCCACCGGUGCCCUGACUGCGGGAAGGGGUUUGUUUGCAAGUCGCACCUCACCCGGCACCAGCGGGUCCAUGUCGGCAGGAAACUGUACGCUUGCUCCGAGUGCGGCGAAAGCUUCUGCCAGAUCUCGCUCCUCUUGCUGCACAAAAGAAACCACGCUGAAGAGAGCCCGGCAGAGGUCAGGCUCUCAUCUUGA